AGCACGGUCCUGUGUGUUAUCUGUCCAGUCCUCUGGCCGCACCGGAAGGAGGUGCUGUUGUCAGGACCCCGUGCCAUGAAAAGGGCGUUGUUCGUGGCUCACGGUCCACGGCAGACCGGCCUUGCUCUCGCCUCACCCGGCUCAUAACCGCUCUAACGCGGGCACCGCCGGGGGCAGGAGCCACGGCCCUGGGUGUGGACGCCACCCUGCGUUUGGCUGCAAACGCCGGGACGGUAACAUGUGCGCCUUCGGGGAAGGAAUUGUUCACCUGGAAUUUGAGAAGGAGACGCCGCUGGCCAACGCCGCGUUCUGGGCCGCGAGGAGGGGAAGCCUGGCUCUGCUCCGGCUGCUGCUCACCAGCGGCCGCGUGGACGUGGACUGCAGGGACAGUUGCGGCACCUCGCUCCUCAUGGUCGCCUCCUACGCGGGCCACAUCGACUGCGUGCGGGAGCUCGUGCUCCAGGGCGCGGACAUCAACCUCCAGAGAGAGUCAGGCACCACCGCCCUGUUCUUCGCUGCCCAGCAAGGCCAUGACGACGUCGUGCGAUUUCUCUUUGAAUUUGGAGCCUCCACUGAAUUUAGGACCAAAGACGGGGGCACUGCCCUGCUCGCUGCCAGCCAGUACGGGCACAGGCAGGUGGUGGACACCCUCCUGAAGCAUGGUGCCAACGUCCACGACCAGCUCUAUGAUGGAGCCACUGCCCUCUUCCUGGCGGCCCAGGGCGGCUACUUGGAGGUCACUCGGCUGUUGCUGUCGUCGGGAGCGAGAGUCAACCAGCCGAGGCAGGAUGGGACGGCACCGCUGUGGAUCGCAUCGCAGAUGGGCCACAGCGAGGUGGUGAGGGUGAUGCUGCUGCGGGGAGCCGACCGCGACGCCGCCCGAGACGACGGCUCCACGGCCUUGCUGAAGGCCGCCAACAAGGGCUACCACGACGUCAUCCAGGAGCUGCUGAAAUUCUCCCCCUCCCUUGGCAUUUUGAAGAACGGGACGUCGGCGCUCCACGCGGCCGUGCUCAGCGGGAACGUUAAGACCGUUGCGCUGCUCCUGGAGGCGGGGGCAGACCCAGCCCUGAGAAACAAGGCCAACAAACUUCCAGCAGAACUCACCCAAAACGAGCGAAUACUGAGUCUCCUGCGGGGCAAGGAAGGCCACAGGAAGAGCUAUCUCAGCUGCAUAUUUGACUGAAGGGAGAAACCGUCACCGCAUUGCCCACUAGAAACUGCUUUCAGAUGGUGUUGGAGAUUCUGUAAGGAGACAGUGCCCUGGUUGCCCACCCAGGUUCCCCACCCAGAAGAGCUGUGCCUGGUGCCUGAAGCACAGGGCAGGGACCUCCUCAUUCACACGGCUGCUCACGCGGCCUGCAGCCCACUCCCCGGGGCCUGGCAGGGCCAUGGACUCACUUGUGUCUCUCCGUUAAACCCUAAUCGUUAAACCUUCCAAGAGCUUUAAGUCAGAAGACAGAAAGACUGUAAGCCUUUAAAAGCUGCAGGUCUGACCUCCGAUGAGCUAGUGCCCUUUAGCUUUUGUGUUACAUGUAAGUGUGCUAAAAUGUGUAGCUCUGUGACAUUUUACAUGUAUGCAUGUAUGUCAUCCCAGUGUAAGAUGUUCUCCUACCCAAGGAUCAUAGCCGUGGUCUCAGAGACCUGACGUGCGAACGUGCAUCACUAAGAGGUCAAAGGGGGCUGUUGAACUCAGAAGACAAAGUGUUCAUGUGUGAGUUGAACCGGACCUUGGUCCUAACACGUAAAAGCCAUGUUUACCCGGAGUCCGUAUUGCAGGAAGGGUAGGAUGCAAGUGGCAAGUUUGGAAAUUCAGAAAAUUACAAACCGCAGGACUUGAGGAUUGGUUUUUUUUUUUUUUAGCUUUUAUUUAGGUUAUGUUAUCGGGACCCUGAUUCCUGUGCCAUUGGCAUGCUCUGGAAUCUGGAGCUUCCAGCAUCACUCUGCUUGGUACAGUGGCUUUGCGGUCCUUGGAUACAAUGUGAUAUGUGCAAGUACGAUACGCUAGCACUAUUGCAGGACUGUAGUAAUAAAAGACUGUUGUUAGUGUGUAGUAAGUGUUCCUCUAUGCAUGUUCUUGAGCUAGUGGGUUCCAAGAAGGAAACCUGGGUUUUAUGGAACUAUUCCUCUGAGAAAGGUGUAAAAUUUAUAUUCGAUGCACUUUACAAUCAGUGGUGUCUACAUGCCUCAUUUGGUGCCUAUGCGCACAGACAUGAGCUAACCCUCUCUCUGUAACCCGCCGUGAUGAACACGGGUAUUCUGUGACUUAGAAACACAUCUUUCCUUCUCUCGUUCCUGUUCUGCUCUGUGUCCCGCCAGUGUUCUAUGUAAACACACGUUGACACGGAGGGAAAUGUAACCCCAGGAGGGUUUUUUAACCAACUUGCAGUGUCACUAAAAGCAUUUUCGUUAAGUCGGUAAACAACGGAGUAUAAUUUUGAAAUUGGCAGAUAUCCUCCUAAAGUUUGUUAUGAUCAAUAACAUAACCAACAGAUAUUAGCUUAUUUUGAUCAUUAUCACAAGCAAAGCCAGUACUGAGCAACCCACAGCCUGGCCAGCUAUGCAACACGCCUGCAGUCUCACGUCAGGAUAAACAAUGAGAAAGCUUUGUCUGGAUUGCUGAACCCCGUAUAUUAAUAUUUUAGUAGCUGCAAAGCAGUGCCAGUUUCCUCAUUGACUGUCUUUUACUCAGCAAAGUUGUGCAAUUACACAUCCCCCCAUGAGAAUUUCACAAAGCAAUAUUUAUUCUGAAGACGAAAAUAAUGUGGCCUUAAAUUUUUAAUAUUUUUUGCCUUAGUUAGAGCCCUAACUUAGAGCCUUAAGCCAAAAAUGGUUGCUCAUCACUGAUCUAAAUCAAAAGUUUUAUGGGGACUGAUAGCAAAGUUCCAAAGGACAAAAAUGCAAUGAAGUCACAAACUUAAUGUUGUUUUUCACUAAGACAUGCUUUCCUUGGCCUAUUUAUGAGAUCAUUUUAUGUGGAUAAUGCUCUUGAUCAAUAUCAGGGUCAUUAAAAUGAAUCCAGGAGCUCUGACAAUAUUUAAGGGAGCCUCUGACUGUAGGCAAGAGGUCUCUAGCUUAGAAGGCGCACAUGUGGUCUAGAUGAGAUGAUAUUAUCCACAGCAGGGAAGAUGAUCAUCUAAAUCACUCACCCAAGACUGGAAAAAACAAAAAACAAAACGUUCUGUUAUUUAAAGCUAAAUUGCAGCCGAGCUUGCAACCUGGGCACGUGCCCUGACCAGGAAUCAAACUCUGACCUCCUGGUUCAUGGGUUGAUAACAGGCAAACGGGUUACUUUUCACUGAAUUUACUGGGUGACAUUGGUUAAUGAAAUUAUAUAGAUUUCAGGGGUGCACUUCUAAAAAAAAUGUUUUUAAAGCUAAAUUGCAUUUGUUUGUACACAGAUAGAUGGUUCUUGUUUUAUGUUCAUCUAACUCACAGUUCAUUGAGCUCUUAGAACUAGCAAUUCCUAUGCAAGGCAUUUGUUUAAUUCAACCACAGAAGUUUUUCAUUAUGUCCAUUUCUCUGAUGAAAUAUUCCAGGUUAUAAUUCAAAAUAAAGUUAAUAUACU